AAGUAACUUGUCUUCUUUAUCAGGAGCCAUUUUGAAACAUCGUCGCACUAAGAAGAAAGAAAGAGCCAUUUUGAAACAUCGUCGCGCUAAGAAGAAAGAAAGUCUAUGCAGAGGAGGGGAGGAAGAGGCACUACCUUUAAAAUAAUUAAGAGAAAGAGAAGAGGGGUGCCCUGCCUCUAAAAUGAGUGUGUCUGGUGACCAUCACAUCAAGGCUAAGAGAAAGUCUCUGGGAUCAAUCUCUCCAGUCCCCAGCUGUCUAUCUAUGAAAAGUGACUUCUCAAUGGACCGUCCUGUCAAUUUUACCAUUGGAUCAAUGCACCAUAAUCCUAAAAAAGUGUCUCCGAGACCAGUCUCUCCAGUGCCCAGUUGUCUAACUAUGAUGAGUGACUUCUCAAUGGACCGUCCUGUUCAUUUUACAGAUGGAUCAAUGCCCUGUGGUCUGAGAAUCUCCAAAAUGUCUCGUAGACCAGCCUCUCCAGUACCCAGUUGUCUAACUAUGACGAGUGACUUCUCAAUGGACCGUCCUGUUCAUUUUACAGAUGGAUCAAUGCCCUGUGGUCUGAGUGGACUAUCAACUCUGACAGAGGAUCAGUCCAGGUGUUCAGUGUGUGAGCUGGUUCUGAGGGAUCCAGUCUCUAUUAACUGUGGACACAGGUUCUGCCGACAGUGUAUCACCAGAUACUGGGAGCAGCCUGCUUCGUCAGGAGAAUAUGUCUGUCCUCAGUGUAGAAAGAGAUCCAGAACAAGACCUGUACUACAGCAGCUGAGUGAACCCAGUGAGGAUGACAGAGGCUCUGAAAACAAGAAUGAGAGUUUGCAUGGAGCUUUAGAGAAUUAUAAAGCCAGUCUGAAAAGGAGGUAUGAAUGUGUGACAGAAGGCAACGUAAAAACGAACAAUCAGACUCCCCUCAACAGUAUUUACACAGAGCUCUACAUCACAGAGGGAGAAAGUGAAGGGGUUAACAAUGAACAUGAGGUGUGGCAGCUAGAGACAGCAUCCAGAAUGCCAAGCUCACACAACACAGCAAUCCACUGCAAUGACAUCUUCAAACCCUUACCUGGCCAAGAGAAACCCAUCAGGACUGUGCUUACGAUGGGCAUCGCUGGUAUUGGAAAAACUGUCUCUGUGCAGAAAUUCAUCGUAGACUGGGCUGAAGGCAAGGCAAACCAAGAUGUGGAUGUCAUAUUUGUGCUUCCUUUCAGGGAGCUAAACUUGAUCAGGGAUAAACAGUACAGUUUGCUCAGACUUCUGAACGACUUCAACACAGAUCUGGACAAACACAGUGUGAAGAAACUUGUUGCCUGUAAAUCAAUGUUUAUCUUUGAUGGUCUGGAUGAAAGCAGACUUCCACUGGAAUUUCACUGUAACAAAGUCAUAUCUGAUGUAACACAGACAUCAUCUGUAGAUGUUCUGAUGACAAACCUCAUCAAGGGAAAUCUGCUUCCCUCUGCUCUCCUCUGGAUAACUACCAGACCUGCAGCAGCCAAUCAGAUCCCUUCAAGGUGUGUUGACCUGGUGACAGAGGUGAGAGGGUUUAAUGACACACAGAAAGAGGAGUACUUCAGGAAGAGAUUCAGUGAUGAGGACCUGGCCAGCAGAAUCAUCUCACACAUAAAGACAUCAAGGAGCCUCCACAUCAUGUGUCACAUACCAGUCUUCUGUUGGAUUUUGGCUAUAGUCCUUGAGCACAUGUUGACUACAGAUAAGAGAGGAGAGAUGCCCAAGACUCUGACUGAGAUGUUCACACACUUCCUGUUCAUUCAGACCAGCCACAAGAACCAGAAGUAUCAUGAAAGAGAUGAGAUGGAAGAGGAGCUGAUGGAGUCAGAUAAGGAUGUUCUUCUCAAGCUGGGGAAGCUGGCAUUUGAACAUCUGGAGAAGGGCAAUCUCAUGUUCUAUGAAGAAGACCUGAAGGAGUGUGGCAUCGAUGUCCGAGAGGCAUCAAUGUACUCAGGAAUGUGCACAGAAAUCUUCAAAGAAGAGUCAGUGUUAUUUCAGAGAGUGGUGUACUGCUUUGUGCAUCUGAGCAUUCAGGAGUUUCUCUCAGCUGUCUACAUGUACCAUUGUUUCACAACCCAGAACAUGGAUGCACUGAAGCCCUUCCUUAAGAGAAAGACUAAAGCUUCCUCUGAAGAUCUAACCUUACAUGAGCUGCUGAAGAGUACCGUGGAUAAAGCCUUGAAGAGCAAGAAUGGACAUCUAGAUCUUUUUGUUCGUUUCCUUCAUGGCCUCUCAUUGGAGUCUAAUCAGAAACUCCUACGAGGUCUGGUAACACAGACAGAAAGCAGUCCAGAGAGCAUCCAAAAAACUGUCAGAUCUCUAAAGGUGAUGCAGAAGAAGAACAUCUCCCCUGAGAGGUGCAUCAAUCUCUUCCACUGUCUGAUAGAGAUGAAAGACCAUUCAGUCCAGGAGGAAAUCCAAAAAUACUUGAAGUCAGAGAAGCGUUCCAAAAAGCUCACACUUGCUCAGUGUUCAGCCCUGGCCUUCAUGCUGCAGAUAUCAGAGGAAGUUAUGGAUGAGUUUGAUUUGAAGAAGUACAAGACAUCACAGGAGGGUCGUAGGAGACUGAUCCCAGCUGUCAGAGGAUGCAGAAAGGCUCUACUCGCUGGCUGUAAACUCACAGCAGAAGUGUGUGAAGUGAUAUCAUCAGCUCUCAUCUCAAACCCCUCCCACCUGACAGUGGUGGAUCUGAGUGACAAUGAACUGAAGGAUUCAGGAGUGAAGAUGCUCUCUGCUGGACUGGAGCAUCCACACUGUAAACUGGAGACUCUGAGGCUGUCACACUGUCUGAUCACUGAGGAAGGCUGUGCUUCUCUGGUCUCAUCUCUGAAGUCAAACCCCUCACACCUGAAAGAACUGGAUCUGAGUAACAAUGACCUGAUGGAUACGGGAGUGGAGAAGCUCUCUGCUCUGCUGAAGGACCCAGGAUGUAGACUGGAGACUCUGAGGCUGUCAGAAUGUCAGGUCACAAAGGAAGGCUGUGGUUCUCUGGUCUCAGCUCUGAAGUCAAACCCCUCACACCUGAAAGAACUGGAUCUGAGCUACAAUCACCCAGGAGACUUGGGAGUCAGACUGCUCUCUGCUGGACUGGAGGAUCCACACUGGAGACUGGAGAAACUCAAGUAAGUCCUGUAGAUGUUUUCUCUACCAGUAAUCAGUAAUGGGGUAUUAAGUUGUCAUGUUGUUUUACAUUAUGUAAUAUGUGUCUAAUACAGACCUGCCUACCUGCAAUAAUUUUGUGUAGCAGGAACAAUAAUUAUACAUUUGAGGAUAACUCAUUAUUUACUGUAUCCAUGAAAUUCAGUUUUUGUAAAAUCACCACCCAAUCCGAGUCUGAUCCAAGGUUGUCCAGAUCCAGUCCAAAAAUAUACCAACAUGAGGGUUAAUUGUCUCUAAAUUGUGUUGGAUAUAUAACAGACACAAAUUCAUCCUAAAGAGAAAAAUGUCUGCUCUCAUCCGAUGGA